CAUGUACACAGCACGCUGACACUGACAGUGAAAGCAGGGGUCAUAAGUCGCGGGGCCCGCAAGGUGGUCGCCCGCAUGGUGGUCGUCACCGGGAGCAGGCAGGUGGUUCGAGCCUUGAGGCUUCCAUCCUGGUCUCCACCCUAUGGGGGAAUGUCCUUGUGUCCUGCUCGAUUGUGGAGGAAAUGGUGAAAGGAACGCAGAUAUGGUCACUCAUACCGUUAGGCUCACUCUUGUUUGCGAGUCACGACUUCCUGCCUGCCCAUCUUCAUCCUUGAGCAUGAUUUGAUGUAGAACAAUCAGGUCGGUCAAAUGGCGGGCUCGAUAAUAGGUCCAAACGAUGUUGAGGAGGAGGAUGACAGCGAACAGGUUGUUAUUCAGCAGCUCAAGCUCAGACAGCGAGAGAUUCAUAAGAGUACAUGGUCAGACAAGCAAGCAAAAGGUCCUGCGUCCAAAAUCUCUUCCAGCGAAACCUUGUUGAGGAAAGAAAGAGGCCCCUGCACGUACGGACUGCUGAAGGACACUGCACUGAGCCACCGCUCCGUUGGGCACAAUGAGACCAAGGAGCCAUUGCACGAAGUCUUGAGCAAGCUGUUUCAAGUGAUUAUCCAGAGUAGGCUGCACUUUGUUCCAACUCAUGAAACAAGUUGCACAAGCAAGACGUGUCUUCUUGAGAUUGACUGUUACAACAGCCUCCAGCAGGGACUCGAGCCUUUGCUGAAGGAGGCAGUGUCAGCCACACGAGCAAUCAAGCAAAUGGUUCAUCUGGAUUUCUACAAAGAGCAGGAAGAUGAGAAACCAGGAGUGAAGUUGCUUCUGGAGAGAUGGAGGGUUUCCUUUCAACCGUCCCCUUCUGAAAGUAGCGUCGGCCACAGUGGCCGAGAAGAGAACAUCGCAAGAGAGGAAGUUUCAUCGUGCGGGAGUCAAGUUGGACUGAUACAAGAGCUGCCGCAGACAAACGCCGAAUUGCACCACCGCCACAUGCGCCCAGACGAAUGCUGUUUACGUGAGCGCACAGUUGAAGGGGCAGCAUUCCUGGCUGCUGAAGAUUCUGACAGCGAAGGCGUUCUGGCUGCCAGCCAGGAAAGCCUUGGGGUGGCGUGUCUGUUGCGGUCUGUUUACAGCUGCGUUCGGCUGCUGCCUGCUCCUGGAAGGAUGUGGGGCCGCAAAGAGCGGUCUGAGACAGGCAACCUGCUGUACCAGGCAUACCAUGGACCGAAGACUUCCUUCCUUCGAGCAUUCCCUGGGCAACCGAAUGAGUUCACUUUUGCUCCCGUCUCCCUAGCCUGUGGCGUCCUACUUGUCUCUGUUGAAUCCAUGUCGACCGUUCCCAAGAGCAGUCCUGCAGCCAAGGUAGCGGCCGCACCAGAGGCUUCAUCCAUCAGCCAGGGCACCAACAUGGACAGCAGUGCACGCAGAGGCACAGGAGUUCCGCGGGCAACUUCCUUUCAGAAGCCAGCUGAACCCGCCCUGCAAUCAAGCACCCCCCGGCCGUCUUCUGUAGUUAUCGGCUUCAAGACUUCUGAGCGCCCCUCUCCAGUGGCUGAGAAGCAGACGGUAGACCUGUCCAAUUGUAGGCACCACCCGGCCGCAUCAUCAUUCUCCUUGGGUCAGCCGAAGCUGCCAAGUACUGGCCCCCUGCAAAGUGCGACUAGCCGUCCAGUGAAAGGCAGCUUGCCUAGUAGCCCCUUUGGUGACGAGAACAGCAAGAGGCACGAGAGCAGACCGGAAAGAAAGGGUUUCGCCGAGGAGGGGAGACCAGUGGUUGGGGAACGGAACCCUCUGUCGCCCCUGCAGAGGAUGCUGACGGACUGGCAGUCUAUUCCCGUGAUCGACCUUGACGGUGCUGGAUCAGACGACCUGAACCUAGACAACGACAGCACUUCUCAGGAGGAGUCUGAGAGCUCUUCUCCAUCUCCGGCUCCCCAAUCUCUGCGGCGCUCCCCUUCGCAGAGGAAGAAGCGAACUUCUGUGUCUCCCAAGCCUCCCGCCAGCCGCGCCAUUCCCAUCCCCAUCCCUGCACCCCCUCCCCAAACUGAGGAAACUCUCCCUGUCCCGUUGGACGAUUCCGACGAGCCCAGCACAAAUGGCCGGCCCGAGCCCCUGAGCCCCCCCGCCAGCCUCUUUCGCUACUCCAGCACAGCGUCGCCUGUGCAUCGGCGAGCGGCCAUGUCACUGUCCCCGCUCGGCCCCCGCAGCCCCCUCCUGGCGGCUGUCACGUCGCUAAGCCGCACGGUCAGCAGUGGCAUUCCUUCCAUGCGAGAAGCACACCACGUGUCUCCGCCUUGUACAUUCCCGUUGAAGACGGCUGGCCGGCCCCCGGUCGCGCCGAUAGAUGCCCGCGCUGGCGCUCGACGAGCGCUCUUAUUCUCGGAGCUUGAGAAUCGGCCUUGGGAGCAGUCGCCGUGGAAAGGCUACGCACACCCGCACCGUCCGGGCCCGGUUAUGAGCGUCUCACCUUCGAAACUCGUGGCUCGACACCUAGACCCGUCGCCCGUAGAGGGGAGCCCCCUCCGGAACCGUGUCGCUGGGGCUGAGUCUGCGCACCUUUUCCGGGGGGGUAUAACGCCGCCACAAGGGGGCGACUGGCACAUGCUGGAGCAGGCGGUGUCGCUUCCUCCUAAGGGCACACCUCCUGGGCCCGGAUCGCUUGGAUCGCUCAAGAGGUCGCUGGUCGGGUCGUUUGAGGAGUCCCUCCUGUCUGGCCGAAUCACGAGAGCCGCGCCAGCGUUUCAGCGCCUGGAUGGCUUCCAGGCCCUCCUGAGUGUCAGUGGCGGCGAGUGGACGCCCGAGCGCCAGAAGCUGCCCUUCUCAGUGGUCUGCGUGGAUGGAACGUCGUCGCUCUACUGCGCAACAAUUCACUUCCCAUCUGUGCCGCCAGGCAAAGCGAGUCCGCGCAGGAACAGCUCAGCCGGGACAGAGGACAACACCGGGCAUGGCCACCACGCCAGGCUGAGGGUGCCCCCCAAUGGGAAGGUGCAGCUGGUUCUGAGCAACCCGGAGCAGACGCCGGUGCACACGUUCGUCUGCAGCUAUGACCUGCAAGACAUGCCGCAUGGGACUAAGACGUUCCUCCGGCAGAAGGUCCUCUCGUCGGGCCCCGCCAGCUCGGGAGCGGAGCCCGGUGCGUCGUUCGGCAGCGGCGCGCUGCUGUACGCCCUCCACAUGCGGCUCAUGUGCGCACCGGCAAAGGCCCGGCAACGGAAGAGCUGGCCGAGAUCAAAGCAGGACAACGACACAGAGAUCAAGCAGGGGGGCGAGCCUGGCCCGGAACAGGAACCGGACUACUUGGACCGACGACGAUUUUACCUGUACGGCGACCUGCGAGUUGUCUUCCCGCAGCGGCGGUCAGACGCAGACGAUGUCAAGUUGCACGUUGAGUACGACAGUCCUGGGGACCCGAAGUACUUUCCGUUCGACCCGUGAUGUACAGUACCGAGUAGCCCAGGUCAGACAGGUUCGCAUGAAUGAGCAGUUUAGUCCGGUCUGUGGUAUAAGUGGUGAACAGGUUCGCUUCAAGGAAGCACAAGCAAGGUCGACAUGGCAAAGUCACUCCUCCAUUGGACACAAGGACCAGCUGAUGAGCACCUUCGCCUGCGUUAACGUUCUGUAAUCUGCCAACGUAUCUCAUGAACUUCCGUU